UUAUCUUUUCAUUGUUGGUACAUCCUCAAUAAAAAUUCCGACAUGUACUUCCGGUGACGAGCUCGCAGCGGCGGAAAUCCAAAGCUGCUGUGUAAUAGUUCCGUUCGGCUGCUCAGUCUCUUUGUGACAAACACCCCGUUCAGAUUCAAUAUGCCGGAUUACCUGGGAGACGACCAGAGGAAGACAAAGGAGGAGGACAAGGAAGACGCGCCUAUCAGAGCUCUCGAUGAAGGCGACAUCGCGCUGCUCAAGACGUAUGGUCAAAGCACCUACUCGAGACAGAUCAAACAAGUGGAGGAUGACAUCCAGCAGCUGCUCAAGAAGAUCAACGAGCUGACAGGAAUUAAAGAGUCGGACACCGGCCUGGCCCCACCAGCGCUCUGGGACCUGGCUGCGGACAAGCAGACGCUGCAGAGUGAGCAGCCGCUGCAGGUGGCGAGAUGCACAAAGAUCAUCAAUGCCGACUCGGAGGACCCAAAAUACAUCAUCAAUGUCAAACAGUUCGCCAAGUUUGUGGUGGACUUGAGCGACCAGGUGGCUCCGACUGACAUUGAGGAGGGCAUGAGAGUCGGUGUCGACAGAAACAAGUAUCAGAUCCACAUCCCUCUGCCUCCCAAGAUUGACCCCACUGUCACCAUGAUGCAGGUGGAGGAGAAGCCUGAUGUGACGUACAGUGACGUCGGUGGAUGUAAGGAGCAGAUAGAGAAGCUGAGAGAAGUGGUGGAGACGCCGCUGCUGCAUCCUGAGAGGUUUGUCAAUCUGGGUAUUGAGCCUCCAAAGGGCGUGCUGCUCUUCGGGCCCCCCGGCACAGGAAAGACCCUGUGCGCCCGCGCUGUGGCCAACAGGACCGACGCCUGCUUCAUCAGAGUCAUCGGCUCCGAGCUGGUGCAGAAGUACGUGGGAGAGGGAGCCAGGAUGGUGCGUGAGCUGUUUGAGAUGGCCCGCACUAAGAAGGCCUGUCUGAUCUUCUUUGAUGAAAUCGAUGCCAUCGGAGGUGCCCGUUUUGACGACGGCGCCGGGGGGGACAACGAGGUCCAGAGGACCAUGCUGGAGCUCAUCAACCAACUGGAUGGCUUCGACCCUCGUGGCAACAUCAAAGUUCUGAUGGCCACCAACAGGCCGGACACUCUGGACCCGGCCCUGAUGAGACCCGGACGUCUGGACAGGAAGAUCGAGUUCAGCCUGCCGGACUUGGAGGGUCGCACACACAUCUUCAAGAUCCACGCUCGCUCCAUGAGUGUGGAGAGAGACAUUCGCUUUGAGCUGCUGGCUCGCCUCUGUCCCAACAGCACCGGUGCUGAGAUCCGCAGUGUUUGCACAGAGGCUGGCAUGUUCGCCAUCAGAGCCCGCAGGAAGAUCGCCACAGAGAAAGACUUCCUGGAGGCUGUGAACAAGGUCAUCAAGUCCUACGCCAAGUUCAGCGCCACCCCCAGAUACAUGACCUACAACUGAGUGUGUGUGUGUGCGACUGUUUCCACGUUUGCUUUUUACCAUCAAAGAAGCAAAACAAACUGCAUCAAAAUAUUGUCCUUUUCUUGUCACUAAAAAAUAAAGUUUAUUCCAGA